AUGACCCGCACCGAGCGCGCCGUACACCCUCACGCCCUCGUCAAGGACCGCUCCGUGUCCAAGAACGGUAUGGACACCAGGCUGCCGAAGGGUGGCGCGGGCGGUCACAACUGGGGCAACCUCUUGGGCGAGCAGUACCUCGAGGAGGCUGCUUCAUACGAUGAAGAGGCCGAACUGGCCGACGAGGGACGCAAAGUUCAGACCGAGACGCAGCCGCGCCCCAUCACUGGGCGUCGCACCAGCCAGCUCACUGAUGACGAGCUCCAGCAAGCCCUCGCACUGAGGAAGAAGGCAGCCCACAGCAACGACAUCGACUUGGGUUCGAUUGCUCGAAGCUCUGCUGCGGUGUCGCAUUCGCCCCCCAACAGGGCUGUCCCUAUCAACACCGACGCCAACACUAUUGCAGUGACCGUCUAA